UGUUAAUGAAGGAGAAAUAAUUAUACUUUUCAAGUUUUAAAAUUGUGAUUUGUAUUUGAAAAUAAAAUGUUUAUUAAAUCAGUUUUUAAAAAGAUUGUAUUAUGUUAACACAUUAAAUGAGACAAUUUAUGUGAUAGAGAUUCUAUGUGUAAUAGUGUACUACAUAAUUUAUAAAUUGACCUCAAUGGAUUCCGUUGAUUUUGAUACAAUUAUACGACAUCCAAGAACCAUCAUUCACAUAGAUGUUGAUUGUUUUUAUGCUCAAGUGGAGAUGUUAAGACAUCCAGAAUUUGAUGGUAAACCUUUGGGAGUACAACAAAAAAAUUUGGUAGUAACCAGCAACUAUUUGGCACGUGAAUAUGGCAUUAAAAAAUGUAUGUCAGUUCAGGAAGCUUUAAAGUUAUGUCCAGAACUAACCUUGGUGAAUGGCGAAGACCUAACAAAUUAUCGUCACUUUUCCGACAAAAUAUUAGAAGUACUACAUCAAUUUACUCCGUUAGUUGAGAGAUUGGGUUUUGAUGACAAUUUUCUGGAUGUAACAUCUAUUGUACAGAAAUAUAUGAAUUCUGGAAAUGAGUCUGAAAUAAAUAUGAAUAUUUCUAUGGAGGAUGAAGCUCCAGUUGGUGAGGUGUUUGGUCCAGCUGAUGAAGAAUGUCCAUGUGGUUGUCAUACUAGAUUGAUCAUUGCUUCUAAAAUUGCAGCAGAGAUAAGGCAAAAGGUUUACAAAGAACUACAAGUCACAUGUAGUGCUGGAAUAGCACAUAAUAAGCUCUUAGCAAAAUUAGUGGGAUCAUUACAUAAACCAAACCAGCAGACAUUAAUAUUUCCAUGCAGUGGACCUAUGUUAUUGUCCUCCAUAGGAUCCGUGUCCAAAAUACCCGGCGUUGGCCAAAAAACUACUCAGCUAUUAAUGUCUAAUAACAUAAAAACGGUAGAUGAUUUGCGCAAAACGCCUUUAGAAACUUUAGAGGGAAAAAUUGGCCUUGAUUUGGCUAGAAAACUAAAAGAUAACGCCGAAGGCGUUGACGAGACUGUUGUAAAACCAACGGGAAAGAAACAGUCUAUAGGGUUGGAGGAUGGUUUCAAGAGCGUUUCUUUAGUAGCCGAAGUGGAAUCGCGAUUAGGAGUGCUUCUAAGAAGAUUAACAGAGUUAGCCAUGGAAGAUGGAAGAAUCCCAGUUGCUAUGAGACUAACAGUCAGAAAGCACGAUUUCAAUAAGCCAUCUUCUGGUAAAAGAGAAACUCGACAAUGUGCUUUACCGAAACAUCUACUGCCAUCUUCGAAAUCUGGUAUUUACGACCACGCUAAAAUGUUGGCACUAGCAAUGAAACUCUUCCAUCGCACGGUCGAUGUCUCUAAGCCAUUCCAUUUGACUCUUUUGGGAGUUGCUUUCACAAAGUUUGAGGAAAGAUCUUCUGGGAAGAAUAGUAUUACGUCUUUUCUACGAAAACAAGUGGCCGUUCAAUCCGUCUUAGACAUAAGUUCAGAAGAAGGUGUAUCCGAUAUUAGUCUUGGAUCACCGAUGAGUACAAAUCAAGAUAGUAACGAUGGUUCUGCAAUGAGUACCACCUCGUCUCCAAUUUCAAAACCUGUAGGUGCUAAUAAUCAGAGUGCAGAUGACGAUAUAUUGAACGAAAUCGAACCUCUGCCGAAGAAGACCAGGUUGGAAGUAUGGUUAAGUGGACGCAGAGAAUCUCCGAGCAACGAAAUGGCGGACCUUAGACUGAGCCCUUCAUCGCCCAUGCAGUUGUCGCCGAAAAUCGACGCAGCGGUUCUUAAAUCCUUACCCAUUGAUAUACAAAGAGAAGUUACACGUCCAUGGCCGACGACUAGUAAACCAAAACCGAAUAAUAUAUUGAAAUACUUCAUAGCCAAUAAGUGACGCAGUUCUGUGGCCUAGGUUAUAACAUAGCCAUCUUUCUGUACACACUUCUACAGCUACAAUAUUGGAUGGCAGCACCAUGUGAUAUUAUGAAUUUAAGUUACUGAUAUUUUAAAUUAAUUUGCAGUUUCUGGGUAUUAAAAGAAAAAAAAAAAAUACUUCUGUACACACAUAUUUUCUAUAGCAUUUACAUUAAAAUGUUAAUACAAAGUAAAUUUAUCGUAUGAUUUUGGCCGUUUUUAUUAAGUAACGUGAAGAAAAUCUGUUAGCUUAUCCGAAUGUAUAAAAAAUAUUAUUUAUUUAUCUUGACUAAUCGACAAAUUAUUUAGAAUAGACGAUUCGUUAAGUUACCUUGCAUUUAAAGUAAGAUAUUCGAAAAAUAAUCAAACCGAGUGUUAACAAAAGGUAUUCCUUUCUGUUGAAACAGCAUUUCUCAUUAUAAAUGAGCGAGGAAAAAUUUUUAUAUAAAUUUCGCUUUUACCUUUCACAACAUGUUUGAUGUACAUACAUGUUGCGUACAAUUGACAACGUUCUUUUAUGCAUUUUUCGAAUAAUUCUUAAUGUUUGAGUAAUUAAAAUCUAAGACGUAUACGUAUAAUAAUUCUAUUCGUAAGUUAAGUAUUUUCACGUUAAGAUUACUUUUACAUGUUCGUCUCCUUUUUCUACGUCGAGUGUUACAAACAGCAGGAAAAGAAAAAAAUGGAAAUUUAAUUAUAACGCGAAAUCUUUUAAGAUACGCCUGGUACGCGAUUUUUGAAAUAAAUUAAGCCGCGUUAAUUAGGGUGCUGGCAUUUGAUUUUGUGCGUACUCUGUAAACGGUUACAUUAUGAUUGUAUGAUUUAAAGUUGAAAGAAUGAAAGGAAAAAGGAAAAAAUGUUUCUAUUUUUAGUACUAUCAAUGUUAUAUUUCUAUAUACAUAUUGUAACGGGGCGUUGCGACAGAUGCACCGUGCAGAAAUACUCAAUCGCCCCUUAUCGUACUAUUGGCGAGGAGAUCCAUUCGAAUGUGUAAGGCAUAGUUAUACGUAUAUAUUAUUACAGUUAUUCAGAAUAUUAGACAAUCAAGAAGUUCUAUCGGUUUGGUAUGGUACAAGGUGAUUAAUUAUAAUACAGGUUUAAGCGAACAUUGAUUAAAAAGAAAUAAGCCAACGAUCCACGCUGUUCAAACAAUUAUUGUAACACAUUUAAUUUCAUACGAUUUACUUAAAAAAAUAAUAAUAAUAAUAAUAAUAAAAAUAUGCCCGAAGCGUGACCGAAGGCAAGUGAUACUGACACAGUAGCUUUUGUAAACGAUAAAUACUUAUAUAUGUAUAAGGGUACGGACGAAUUAUAUAUAUACACACACAUACACAGAGCGUUAAAAAAAAUGAAAUUAUAUACACGGUAUAAAGAGAUUACUUAUGGCCGAGCUUCUUCUUUUUUUUUUCUUUUUUCUAUGUUUAUUUAUUUACUUGUAUGUACGGGAGAAAUGGUACUUCUUUGACUAUUCAUUUCUGGUUGUGAGAGUUGAUAAAUAUUUUAUACGUACACAACACGGGAAAUAUGAACGGUUGCGAAAUCCGUAUGCUCUUGUCGUCGUCGUUGUCAGAGUUCUGAUUAAUUAGAAUAACACGCAAUAGUUCACACUUGUCAGAUAAUUGCGUUGAUAUUAGUCGCGAGUCGAGAAAGAAAAAGAACGCGUGAAGAAAUUGUCUUUGGUUUUUGUACGAGCAUCGCUACAUCACGGUUCAUAUUACCCAAAUUUAUUCAAAUAAAGGAAGUUCAAGUUA